AUGACUCGUGCAAAUCAGAAGAGAAAAGCCGCCUCUCCUGUACCAUCAAAUAAUUCCAACAGAAAUAAAAAAGACCAAACACCGGGAAACAAUAAAUCUAUAUCUAAUGGAUCCAAGUAUCCUAAAACGAAUAAACAAGACAAGAAUGAACAGGUGAUCGUGCGUAAUUCCUCCAAGACUGAAAUUAAUGAUUUUCCUAGAGGUGGUAAGGCAUCCGAGUAUUCUAUUAAAAAUGGAAAGGAAAGAAACCAUCGAGAUGAUAUCUUUAAUGAUAAUGAAGACAAUAAAUCAUCUGAUGAGGAGGUAGAUGAAGUACCUGUUAAGAAAAAGAGAAAAUCCGUAUCAAAAUCAAACCCAUUGAAAUUUGCAAAAGAUGCGGACGCUAAGUUAAAUAAUUUCAAAAAAGAUUCGGUGGAAUUAUUGUCAAUUCAGCAUCUUAACGUUGGGGCAUAUUUCUUGGGUCGAAUUGUACAAGUAAAUUCUGUGAAUUUGGUUGUAUCACUUCCCUAUCAAAUGGUAGGAGUAGGUCAAUGGAUUCGAUGCAAAGUUUCUCGUCUUGAAUCUCCGGUUGCCGCUACAUCAAAACAUUGGCGUAUACAUCUAACGCUAGUUCCAGAUGAAGUUAAUUCCGAUAUAAUGGUUGCUGACUUGUCUAAAGGAAUGGUCAUGUCAGCUUCCGUUGAAAGUGUGGAAGACCAUGGAUAUAUUCUUUCUAUUGGAUUGGAUGGUAUCAGUGGAUUUUUGCAUAAUGACGACGCAAAAAAUUAUAUAAAUAGUUAUAACAAUGGUAAUGAAUUUUCUGUGGGACAAGUUAUUACCGUUAGUGUUAUUGAUGAGUUAGAUAACAGACGAACUGUUAGGUUGACAGCAGAUCCGGAAAUUGUUGCUAAAACAAGAAUUUCAGACGCUACCGUACAGAAUAUUUGUUCGCUUCUUCCUGGAAAUUUAAUUACAACAAUUGUAACAGAUAUUUGUUCAAAUGGUUUACGUGUAAAGAUAAUGGGUCUUUUAGAUGGAGUCAUUGAUUUUUUCCAUGGGCCAAAGAUCAUGAAAGAUUCCCAUGAAUUCCAUGAAAAUUUUAAAAUUGGUAGCAAAGUACAUGGUAGAAUUAUUUAUGUUUCUUUCACAACUGAGGCCAAAAGGAUAAGAUUAUCUCUUUCACCGCAUGUUAUUAAAUUGGAACAAACUAAAUUAAAUAUUGACAGAGAGUUGUCAAUUGAUAAGGCUCCCAUAGGAGAAAUACUGGAAAAUGUUAUGGUCAAAAAAGUUGAUAGGCGUAAAGGUGUAUUGGUGGAAAUUGAAAAUAUGAAUGUAAAUGGAUAUGUUCGGUUUUCAGAUUCAGAAAACACAAAUGAUUUGAUACCAGGCUCGGCUCAUCGAGCUCGUGUAAUUGGAUUUGCUGCCGUUGAUAAUCUUUUGUUAUUAUCAACAAAGAAGUCUGUUCUGGAACAAAAAUAUUUUAGAUUUGAUGAUGUCAAUAUUGGAGAAAUUACAGAGUGUAAAAUUAUAAACAUUAUAGACAACGGAAUUUUGGUUGCAUUAUCUGAUAAUAUAACAGCAUUAGCUCCCAACACACACCUUUCCGACACAAUAUUUACUCAUCCAUCUCAAAAAUUCAAAAUUGGAACUACUCAUAAAUGUCGAGUUCUUAACACGGACCCGCCAAACAAUCAUAUUUACGUUACCUUCCGUCCUAUACUUAUUAAUUCCGAUUUGCCAAUCUUCAAAUCAUUUGAUGAUGUAAAAUCUGGAAUCGUUACCCAUGGAAUCAUAUCCGGGAUUAUAGGACAAGGUUGUAUCGUACAAUUCUUUGGUGGGUUAAAAGCUUUUAUACCGAUUAAUCAAUGUGGUAUUGAAGCGAUAAAGAAUCCAAAGGAUCAUUUUCAAAUCGGACAGAUUGUAAAAUGUAGGAUAACGAAAGUUGUUAAGGAUAAGGAGUUGAUUAUGGGAAGUUUCCAAAUCAAUGAUGCUACAAAUAGUGAUCUAAGUGAAAUUAAUUUGGGUGAUCAACUAAAACUUAAUGACGUUUUAAGCAAUUUAAUGGUUAUUGCAAAAAAUGAGCCAAAAGGGUUUGUUAAUGUAACAAAAAAAUCUUUAUUAAUCGAAGCGAAAAGGAAUAAUAAGUUCCCUGAAAAAUUAGAUGAUAUUGAAGUAGGAGACGUAGUGUGUGGGUACGUCAAAAGUGUUACCGAUUACGCCGUUUUCAUAGGAUUUUUGGGAGGAUUUAGUUCUAGAGCUACAAGAGACAAAUUAGCAGAUCAUUUUAUUGCUAGCCCAGUUGGGAUUUUUCAUGUUAAUCAAUCAAUUGUUGGUUUAAUAACGCAUAUUGAUAAAGAAACGUCAAAAUUCGACAUUUCAUUAAAACCAUCAGAAAUUUCCAUCAGCAAAUCUCUGUCAUUUAUUAAUCAAGGUAAUUUCAUUAAAUCUUAUUUUGAGGAACUUUUACAUACGGGAAAAAAUUUGACUAGGCAGGAAGAAAUGAAAGUAAUGAUCGGAGAACGCGUAAAGUGUCUGGUUAAGAAAAGGUUGCCAUCUAAACAAGACGACGAUGACCUAGAUAUGAAUGAUGAUGAUCACGGAGGUUGGAAAGUUGAAGUUAUUAUGGUAAAUGAAAAUAAUUCCAAAAAGAUCAAAGGAGUAGUUAGCGAAGAGCAAGCCAAUACUAGGAAUGAUAUUAAAGAAGGUGACCAAAUAGAAGGAGUUGUCCUUGAUAUUGAUAUGAAAGGAAAGAAUAUUGAUUUGGGCAUUCGACAUAAUAUGAUUUCUUUUGGAAAGAAUGGAAAGCGAAACAAAAACAAAAAUAUUACCGAUAGUGUUGUUAGCAGAAAAGAUUUGAAAAAACUUUUAAAUGAAAAGACAUUGAUCGAUGCAAUAAUAGAACAAGUUAAAGAAGAUUAUAUUAUUGUGUCAUUACCCGGGCAGUCUAACGCUAUAGCAUUCGCAGCCUCAAAAUCCUUUAAUAAUCGUUCCUCACCUUUUAUGAAAUAUCAAUUUGGACAAACCAUCAAAGUUCAAAUAACUCAUGUACCUCACCAUCUUCAUAAAAAAUCUCUUAAUGAUUCCGCAUUUCAAAAGCACACGUUACAACAUCGUGUUUUGGUGUCUAUUAUAGCUUCAGAUCAAGAUGACAAAUUAAUAAUAUCUGGAACAAAAACUAUUGAUGAUUUUAAUGAAGGUCAAGUUAUUAAAGGCACGGUUUCGGGUGUGGAAAAUUAUGGAAUAUUUAUAAAGAUUGAUAAUAGUAUUGUAAGUGGAUUAUGCCAUAAAUCAAAAAUAUCUGAUGAUUAUGUCAAGGAAGUGAGUAGCUUGUUUAAAAUUGGUGAUCAUGUCAAAGCAAAGAUUUUGAACAUUGAUAAAGAGAAGCAGAAAGUUGGUUUUGUCAUGAGAAAGAGUUAUUUUAAAAGUGACGACGAUCAAAUGGAUACGGAUGAUAAUGAGAGUGAAGAGGAUUCAGUGGAGGGUUCGGAAGACGAGCAAAUGGAGGUUGAUAAAGAUUUGGCCGAUAAAUCCAGAUCAAUGAACUUACAUUGGGAAAUCGAUUCAUAUGUUGACCAAACUGGUGAUUUAAUGACACAAAAACCCGAAGUUGAUGUGGAUUUUGAAAGAUUAUUAAUAGGAUCACCCAAUUCUUCAUAUUUAUGGAUGCAAUAUAUGGUUCAUCAAAUCAAAUUAUCUGAAAUCGAUAAAGCAAGAGAAAUUGGUGAAAGAGCUUUGAAAAUCAUUAAUUUCAGAGAAGAGCAAGAGAGGUUGAAUAUAUGGAUUGCCUUGAUGAAUUUAGAGAAUAAUUAUGGAAGUGAAGAAACCAUGUCUAGAAUUCUUACUAGAGCUUUACAAGCUUGUGAUCAAAAGAAAAUCUAUACAAUUCUUGUAGAGAUUUAUGAAAAAUCGAAUAAGCUCGAGCUCGUGGAAAAUACUUACAAUACCAUGAUUAAGAAAUUUUCACAAAGCUCCAAAGUCUGGAGUAAAAUGGGACUCUACUAUACUCGGAAUGGUAAAAUCGAAGAUGCGAGAGCUUUAUUACAAAAAAGUUUAAAAAUAUUACCAAAACGGAAACACGUUAAAACCAUUACAAAAUUCGCUCAAAUGGAAUUCAAACAUGGGGAGGUGGAAAGAGGACGAACUAUAUUUGAAGGGAUGAUGAAUAAUUACCCUAAAAGAAUUGAUUUAUGGUCAAUUUAUAUUGACAUGGAAAUUAAAGCCAAAGAUGAUAAUGCUGUCAGACGUCUAUUUCAACGCGUUAUAAGUUUGAAAUUCUCAUCAAAAAAGAUGAAAUUCUUAUUUAAAAAAUGGUUACAAUUUGAAAUUGAACAUGGUAAUGAAAAACAAAUCGAAGAAGUUAAAGAAAAGGCAAAAGUUGUAGCCGAAACCGUGAGCUAA